GUGGUGACGAAAGCGUCUGUGGGUGGAGCAGUGCGGCCGGUGGGUUGUCCGUUCCUCAGCCAGACCGUUCCGCGUUGAAGGGGCCAUGGCGAAGACUGUGGCCUACUUCUAUGACCCAGAUGUAGGCAACUUUCACUACGGUGCGUGCGCGGCAGGAGCAGGACAUCCCAUGAAGCCACAUCGCUUGGCACUGACCCACAGUCUGGUACUGCACUAUGGACUCUAUAAGAAGAUGAUUGUAUUUAAGCCAUACCAAGCAUCCCAGCAUGAUAUGUGUCGCUUUCACUCAGAAGAUUACAUUGACUUCCUGCAGAGAGUGUCCCCAAAUAACAUGCAGGGAUUCACCAAGAGCCUCAAUGCUUUCAAUGUGGGUGAUGACUGUCCAGUGUUCCCAGGGCUGUUUGAAUUUUGUUCUCGUUAUACUGGGGCUUCAUUGCAAGGAGCAACACAACUAAAUAAUAAGAUCUGUGAUAUUGCAAUAAACUGGGCUGGAGGCCUGCACCAUGCAAAGAAGUUUGAGGCUUCUGGGUUUUGUUAUGUCAAUGACAUCGUGAUUGGCAUUUUGGAGCUUCUCAAGUAUCAUCCCCGUGUACUCUACAUUGAUAUAGAUAUUCAUCAUGGAGAUGGGGUUCAGGAGGCGUUUUACUUGACAGACCGUGUCAUGACAGUGUCUUUUCACAAAUAUGGAAACUACUUCUUCCCUGGUACAGGUGACAUGUAUGAAGUUGGAGCUGAGAGUGGCCGUUAUUAUUGUUUGAAUGUACCGUUGCGCGAUGGCAUUGAUGACCAAAGUUACAAACACCUCUUCCAACCAGUCAUUAACCAAGUAAUAGAGUUCUAUCAGCCCACAUGCAUAGUGUUGCAGUGUGGUGCUGACUCUCUAGGGUGCGAUCGUCUGGGUUGCUUUAACCUCAGUAUAAGAGGACAUGGGGAAUGUGUAGAAUAUGUAAAGAGUUUCAACAUUCCCCUCCUGGUAUUAGGAGGAGGUGGCUACACAGUUCGCAAUGUGGCUCGGUGCUGGACAUAUGAAACAUCAUUGCUUGUAGAUGAGGCAAUUAGUGAGGAGCUCCCAUAUAGUGAGUACUUUGAAUACUUUGCUCCAGACUUUACUCUCCACCCCGAUGUCAGCACUCGAAUUGAAAAUCAGAACUCGAGGCAGUACUUAGAUCAAAUCCGACAGACUAUAUUUGAGAAUCUGAAGAUGCUGAACCAUGCACCCAGUGUUCAGAUUCAUGAUGUCCCUUCUGACUUGUUGAGUUAUGAUCGCACAGAUGAGCCUGAUCCAGAAGAGAGAGGUUCAGAGGAGAACUACAACAGGCCGGAGGCUUCCAAUGAGUUCUACGAUGGUGACCAUGAUAAUGAUAAAGAAAGUGAUGUGGAGAUAUGAUAACUGAAUCAUGGGAGUUUGGACUACAUGGAGCUCAUGGGAUAGUGGUGCUAUAAGGAAGCAGCAGGUUCCAGUGAAACCCUCCAUCCUGUUGCUUGAAGUGAUGGCAGCAGGACUGCUGAAUCAUGCAAUUACUGGGGCAUAAAAGACAAUGGAAGAUUUUUGGUUUCCCUACAGCCUCUGUUCCCCCUAGACUGUGCCUUUGCCACUGUUUGUGGAAAUAGGAAUUCAUAAUUUCAUGUUCUCACAAGUCUGUUUCACUCCUGAGUGACCAACUGCAGGUCUCAUUCUGCAGUGACUUUGUCCCCCUUGCAGACAACAGGAAACACUGCUGCACUUGGACAUUUCUUCUGACUUGUUUGUGUAUGUUCUGUUGAAACAGCUGGUUUGACAUGCACAGAAACCAACCAUGUAAAAGUCGCUUUCAGCCAACCAGAGUCCCCUGUUGCAGUAACUUGGAUAAAAGGGAGAACCAGUUAAUGGUUAAUGAUCUGCUGAACUGUCAUAGAAGUUGAUGGAAUCAAAUUUGGAGCUGAUCCAACAAUGCAGGUUUAUUUAGUACAUAGAUUACUUUCUGGGUUGUUCUUUUUGCAGCAAUUUGUUUUCUAAAUCAGGGCAUGUUGAAAACUUUAUCCAUACGGGAUUUUUGAGGGACAGAAAGCUUAGGGGUUUUCUUAAUAUUUCUUCUGGUCACACUGUGUACUUGGCACCAUAGUGGUAUACCAAAAAAACCUUGUUAAUGGAGAAUUUAAUUCUGCAUGUAUGUUGAUUAUUUUCACAUACUAAUGUACCUAUUCAUAGGUUGGUGCACUAAGAGUGAUCUAUGUGCAGACUUCCACCUUUGCUUUGGGGGUGGGGGAGAAUUGCUUCUCAACAGAACAUUGCCUUGACUGUGGGGAGAGACCUAGGCCAAAUAUGGUUAUGUUGUUGUGGAAUGUCUCCCUAGUAUUGAGCUUCACUCUUUUGUGACCCUUACAUAUUUUAAUGCAUCCUGUGUUCCAAGCAUUCGCUUUUAAAAAGAGGCUUAGAUCCUAAGAAGAAUUAUAUUAAGGAUUUUCAUGAAAGGAAAGUUUUCUGUUCCCUCCUCCCCACUGAACUACAUAGGGUUGCCAGGUUCAAUCCCUGAGAUUGAUCCUGUAUCUUCAGGAGAAGAGAAAGUCAGCCAA